AUGGAUUCAUCAGCACUGCUUUUCAAUCAGCUCAAGACGGCGGAGCCAUUUUUCGUACUGGCGGGACCGAAUGUGAUCGAAUCGGAACAACACAUUCUCCACAUGGCCAAGCAAAUCAAAGCAAUCACGUCUAAGCUUGGAUUGCCGCUGGUUUUCAAAUCGAGCUUCGACAAAGCCAAUCGGACUUCCUCGAAGUCGUUUCGCGGUCCAGGUUUGGCUGAAGGCUUGAAGAUUCUUGAGAAGGUGAAAACGUCGUACGACAUUCCAGUAGUUACCGAUGUCCACGAGUCGAUCCAGUGUGAAGCUGUUGGCAGAGUUGCUGAUAUAAUUCAGAUUCCAGCCUUCUUGUGCAGGCAGACUGAUUUGCUUGUGGCAGCUGCUAAGACCGGGAAAAUAAUCAAUAUCAAGAAAGGCCAAUUUUGUGCUCCUUCUGUCAUGGCAAACUCUGCUGAAAAGAUAAGGAUGGCCGGAAACGAAAAAGUCAUGGUAUGUGAGAGAGGCACAAUGUUUGGCUACAAUGACCUUAUUGUUGAUCCACGUAACUUGGAGUGGAUGAGGGAGGCGAAUUGUCCUGUUGUGGCUGAUAUUACUCAUUCUUUACAGCAGCCUGCAGGGAGAAAGUUAGAAGGUGGUGGUGUUGCCAGUGGUGGUCUUCGUGAGCUGAUACCCUGCAUUGCCCGGACUGCGGUUGCUGUUGGGGUGGAUGGUAUCUUUAUGGAGGUACAUGAUGACCCUUUGAAUGCUCCGGUUGAUGGUCCAACACAAUGGCCCCUUCGCCACUUGGAGGAACUUUUGGAGGAGCUUAUUGCAAUUGCUAAGGUUAGCAAGGGAAAGCAACAGUUCAAAAUUGAUCUCACUCCAUUCAGUCCUUGA